CAAAAAGUCCACCAAAAAAUCUUAGUAAAUGACCACCAUUUUACUGAGAUUAUAUUUCAUCUCAUAUCAUCUCAUUUAAUUUCAUCCCAGUUGAUUAAUGUCUCAAAUUAAUCAUCUUCAUUUCAUUUCACUCCAUAAUAUCAUUUUUCAUAAAAAUAUGAAUAUACAUUAAAAUAAGACAUGACUUAAAGGUCGCAGUUACCAGGUCAUAAAAUCCCUUAAAAAAAGAAGAUCACACGGACGCUCACCUACCCGCUAGUCUGAUCUGGUUAAGACGCUCACCGGCCUGCCAAUAACCGAGGCUAUAAAGACCGCCGAGGACAGCAAGACGUGGGGAAGCAUUGUGAAUCGAGUGGUCCACGUUUCAAAUUAGACACGACCUUCAGCAAUGAAGAGACCGACUCAGAAGAAGAAGAUAUUUGCAAAGAUAAGUCGAGCGACAUAGCCCGCAGUCAUGCCCUGUUUAUUGGGAUUGUCAGAAUUGUUUUUAAGUAAAUUCUGAGUUAUCAGGCGUAUUUAAUGGUUAUUACUUAAACUCAAAUAUUGAUGGUUUAAUGUUGGGUGCCUGACUGGCAUGAGACUCUCGGGUUGUCAGUUCCUGUAUCGACCGAGAACGCGUAUUUGCCGCUUUUGCCGCUUCAAAGUCUGGCGCGAACUAAUAGGGGGUGCAAUAAAUGCGCGGGCGCGGAUAACGCGGGGUGGGUCAUCGCGGCACGGACCUGAGUCAUAUCCCCUUUGGCUACUGUUGCCACGCGAAACGGAACACUGCGUUACAAUGCUUAAUAAUAGUGAUGAUUUUUUAUUUACUUUUAAGUAAGAAAGUAAUAUAAUUUAAAGAUUGUCACGUAUGUAAUGUAAGUUGAAGUUACAUUGACACUGUUUUCAUUGCAUAAUGCAAUUAACUAGGUACUGCUUCGACAUUGUGUCCUAAUUUUAAAUCGAAAUGCUCUAUUUCUAUGGUAAUUAAGAGAAUAACCCCUUAAUAUUAGGACGACCUCAGACACAAACGUAACUGAGGCCGCAUGUGGCGCAGUGGGCAGGUUACUAGAACAGUUCUCAAAAUAUCCUACCAUCAUGGUAAGGUAAGAACAAUGGAUAAAACUACGGAGGAUAGUCUGAUGACUAGAUACACCAAAUCACACCGAUUAGAUGAGGUUAUGUGAUCUAGUUUAUAUAUUAAAUCACACCAAUAACAAUUCUUUCUAAAAUAAUUUGGGGCAAACUUUUUAUUUUAUUUAUUGCUUAAAUGGAAGGACGAGCUCACAACCCACCUAGUGUUAAGUGGUUACUGGAGCCCAUAGACAUCUACAACGUAAAUGCGCCAUCUACCUUGAGAUAUAAGUUCUAAGGACUCAGUAUUAUAUUACAACGGCUGCCCCCAGCCUUUACCCGAAACGCAUGACUGCUUCACGGCAGAAAUAAGCAGGGUGAUUGUACCUACCCGCGCGGACUCACAGGUCUUACCACCAGUAAUUACGCAAAUUAUGAUUUUGCUUGUUUGAUUUCUAUUACACGAUGUUAUUCGUUCACCGUGGAAGUCAAUCGUGAACAUUUGUUAAGUACGUAUUUCAUUAGAAAAAUUGGUACCUCCCUAGGAUUCGAACACCGGUGCAUCGCUUAACACGAAUGUACCAGACGUCUUAUCCUUAACGCCACGACGACUUAAAAACUUCAACAGAAUUAAUUUUAAAAUUAAAAGGGCCACAUCGCAUAUCGAACAUUACCAUGAGUCACGUAUAGAUUUGAUUAAAUUCGUCAUUCUAAUUGGCUCACUCUAUUUAGAUUGCACAGGUCAAAUAAGUUUUUAUUUUAUUAAAAUUUAUAAAAUAUAAUGUUUUUUUCGAUUUCGUAUAAUUUUUUUAAUUGCCCUUGUAGGCGAGCACACGGUCCACCUGAUGGUGAGUGGUUACCGUCGCCCAUGGACUUUAGCAAUGCCAGGGGCAGAGCCAAGCCGCUGCCUAAAUAUUUAUACAUAAUUAUAUAUUUUUACCUGGGAGGAUAAAAUUCAAGAAUAAUGGUAGUCAAAUGAGCAUUUUUUUACAAAUUAAUUUUUAGUUAUUACAUGAUUAUUUAAUUUUUAACUGAUUUUCUUUUAAUAUUAAUAAUUAAUUGAUAUGAGUCAACUGUAAGAGAGAGAUAGAGAGACAAAGAAGUUAAUAUAUCCUAUUACAUGUCUCACUCAGUCUCAUGCGCGUGGAUAAUGUCCUCGCGCUCUUACCCACAGAGGUAUUAAAUUGAAUUUAGGGGAUGAUUGGCCCCUUAGAUCGGUCUGUCUUUUUGUAAGAGGUUUUAAAAUAGUUGUCUGGUGGACAUAUAUAAAAAUCAGCUUUCAGAAUUUACGUGAAGUUAGGUACUUAAUUUGGGAGCUUUAAAGCGUCUGCAAAGCAAUUCGGCCUAUGGAGUGUUUGGCAACUUAUUUUUAAGGAUAUUGCCUAAAAUAUACGUAAAAAUCAGCUUUCAGAAUUUACGUGAAGUAGGUAAUGAUUGUAUGUACCUUGAGUACCUGAUACCUGAAAAUUGGCCGUAUAACCAACCAACUAGCAGGUAGGCUUGUGCUCUUAGUACAUACUAACACUAUGCAAUCGGCCACCUUUCGUUCGUCAGAAAAUAUGUGACGUCUGGGGGCCCUGGGAUCUUACUCUAUUACAAGAUGUUCCUGAACGGGUUAUAUUCCUUUUGCCUAACUUAAUUGAGAAAUUAAACACAGAAAAGUAAGAACUGUCAAUUGUCAAACUAUAAUAUUGAAACAGGAUAAGUCUGCCGUUUGGUUUCGUAAAUAAAUAUGGAUUUUACACCAGAUUUACUUGCCUUUCAAGGUGUUUUUAUUUCCACAGACAGCGCUCAUCCAUUCUCAAGGUUGACCGUAAAAGGCGGAAACGAAGAAAAGGUCAAAUACAUUAUUGAACAUAUGUAUCAAUUCCUCAAAGACAGAAAUUUUAUGGACGAAAAUAAAGUAUUAUCCAAAGAACAUACACGUUUAAUUCGUAAAUUUAUCCUAUACAUUAUUUUAAACGGGAAUUUCAAAACAUUAGAAAAGUUGGUAGAAAAAGACGAUAUUGACUCAGUAAUAUGGACCAUACCGACUGUGCCACAUUAUUUAAUGUGUGAAUUAAUUUGGAGCUUCCAGGUAGAACAUUUUGUGUAUGAAAUCAUCUCAUAUGCAUACCCUCCACUUGCUGUCGAAGUGACUGGAGCGUUUAUAGAAAACACAAAGUACUACAAUCCAUUAGACUGUUCACAAAAGUUGGCAAAAAUAUCAUUAGCAUGUUAUACAUUAAUUUGCAGAUUAAACAUGUUUCAAUUUCCCGAACAAGAAAAUAAUACUUUAUUAAGUGAAACCUUAAAGCAUUUCCAAAAUUGUACCAAAAACUUUGUUGAACCUCCAAAUAGUUACAAACUGGAAACCCUUCAAAAAGAUGAAUUAUACAUACACAAUGGAAGUUGGCUUAGUUCAGCUUUAGUACUACUUUAUGAUUGCCUUGAAAGAUACACAAAAAUACAUGAAAAGGUCCCUCCUGAUUUUGAUAUUAUUUAUCAAGUAACUUACAUAGAAGCUUCAAUAAAUAAAAAUAUACAAUUUUACAACAUUAAUGACUGUCCAAAAAAUGUAUUAGAAACCAUAGGAAAUUGCAACACAAUACUUUUAGAUGCAUGCCAGAAACUAAUAAUGGAUGUAAAUGUUGAUAUAUUCUGUGCUUGGAGUGAGUUUGAAGAAAACGGAAAAACCAAACAGCAAUCUAUUGGUGAAUUGUGUCAUAAAGUAUAUACAAAAUUGUCAAGCAUACCUGUUUUGUGUGAACAUCCAAUAGUUGCCAUGCUACAACAGAUUUCUAGGAAACCAAUCGAAGCAAAAGAUGUUAUAAACUCAACUGAUGUUUGUAUGAUCAUUGAGAACAUAAACAAAAAUGAUGAUGAUAUGGAAUCCUGGUUACAUGCUCUUCUCUACAAAGAUGAUUUGUGUGCCUACAGAGAACUUCUUGAUGUUAUUCAUCCUAACAUAAAUAAAUAUAGUCCGCAAGAGUGUUUAAAACUGUACUACAUCUUGAAACAGGGCAUUGUAAACAAAGGCCAGACAGAAGUAUUGGCUGUGAAAGCUUUCCAUCAUUGUGAUGUUUCUGACAAACAUAAAAUACUAACUGAACAUUUUGUCAACAACUGCUUUUUUGAUAUGAAGGAAAAUGAACUCUUUACUGAUAUGAGUACAGAAUUUUUCAAUAAAUUAAUUGCUACUUCCAAUGCUGAUAUUACUGAUGUACUCACACUCUUCUUGCAGAGCCCAAAGAAAGUUUUUGAUAAAAUUUUCAACUUAGCCACAGAAAACAGCCAACAGGGAGAUAUUAUGUUACAAGUAAUGAAAUUAUUAGACAACUAUUGUAAUUAUUACUAUGAAGUUGAUACUGAACCUUGUAUUUUCAAAGCAUUGCAGAAUAAUCUGGAAAUCUGUAUAGAUACAGAAGAGAAAGAAAAUAACUUUAUAAGAUUUAUUUCUGCAUUAAAAAACUAUGGCAUUUUAAUUGGAUCUAAAUUGCUAUUAUUAACAAUAAUGCCAAACAUUCACAAAGCACUCCUAAAUAAAAAUAUCAAUAAUAUUAAUAUGCAAAUUAAGUUAUUACAAAGUGCUUACACUAUAGAAGAGCUAUUAGAAUACAGAGCCCCAAUGUUGGCAAUGUUAGCCCAGGUCAUGGAUAUUGUACGGUGGAAAAUUCAUACAUUUGUCACUUCAGCACCGACUACUUUACAAAGCACAAUCGAACUUCAAACCUCAUUUAUGGAGACAUAUGGCACCAGCAUACCAGUGAAAGAAGAAAAUUGGUUAAAAUCAAAGUUGAAAAAUACACAUCCACUAAACACUUACUACUACAGGAAAAUAUGGAAUCCACCAGGCAAUAACUUUUUAGAAAUUAUAACUGGUACUAAGAUGAGGCAACACAGUUCUAAAGACGAUAUCACAACAACAUUGAUACAGAUAAUAUGUUCAUGCACACAAGAAGAGUGGUUUACUAUUUGGGAUUGUCUUGCUCAUUUUGAAGCUAAAAUAGUUUUAGAUGCCUAUUAUGAAGCCAUGUCUUUAAUAGCAAGAAUAGAAAGAGACAAUAGAACUAAUAAUACUUGGGCAUGCAUUUUGUAUUGUUACAGAACUCUUCUACAUUGUACCCGGUACAAAUUCUUCAAAGAACCAUUAACAAACAAUCAAAUACUAGAUGUUAUUAAUAACAUCACAAGAAUGCCGAUACUCUGUGAUGGACCAAAAGAAGACAUGGAACCUUUACUGCUUCCUCUUCUAGCUUAUAUAGCUGAACGCAAAAAUGAUUAUUCAAUUGAUCUCUCUAGCUGUGAUCUUGUCAAAUAUGAAUGUCUGGUCACUAUUAUAAACAACAUAUUUUCUAAGAAAUAAGAAUAAUAGUCGUUGAUAACUGAUAAUAAAACGUUUUCAGUUGUGAUGUUAAGCUUUGGUAAAUGUAAAUGUUCGUUAAAUAUAAAUAUUGAAGUA